ACGGGAAAGUGCAUGAGACAAAACCCACCCAACAACCCCCCACUUCAUGCCAUAAAGAGUCUCAGGUGGCCAGACCCAGCUUGAUGCUCUCUGAGCUGCAGUUGUGGUGCUCUCCUGUUGUAACACCCAGUCCUCCCACAACAGAAGUGCAAAAAGAAAGCAAAACUCCCAGAGAACCCACUUGAGCCUUUAGAAUGAGCUUCCUCUGAGAUGCAGAGCCAGCGAGCCCUGCAGGAGCAUCGAUCCCCCGGGGUCACAGAGCCCUGGAUGGCUCCAUCCUCCCUCUGGUGACGUGGGGACGGCGUGGGGGACCGAGGGGAGGUGGUGACGCAGAGGGUGUUGCACAGCAGCACGCGCCCAUGGGGGUGUGAGGGAGGAAGUUGCUGAUGGCCGGGCGCCGUCUCCCAGCUCAGUCUCCAGCUGCAGGCAGCUCGCUCACACGGUGCGGAGAUGCAGCAGCACGGGGUUGCAUUGCAUGCACUGGAGAUGCUGCUGUGCAUCGUGCUGGGGGUGGCAGGCAGCGGACAAGAGGCUGAAGGCUGCAGGGACAGAGCAGUGCUCAGCGGUACGGAUCUGCAGCUGCUGCUGGAGGAACCACUGCCACUGGAAUGGACAGCUGUUGAGUGGAAAGUGGUACUGGGGGCAGAACCCCGGCAGCGCAUCCUGACGGCUUGGAAGGAUGAAGUUGAACCUGAAAACAGUUCUCUUUCUCGGAGAGCCACCUUCUUCUGGGAGCCCCUCUCCCUGCAGAUCCAUGCUGUCACCAAAGCAGACAGUGGCAACUAUUCUGCAGAGAUCGAACACUCACAUGGCUCCAUUUUGAUCAAGUGCUUCCACGUGUCAGUGUGGGGUGAGUGCCUGGACCUCCUGCCCUCCUCCAUCCCCAUCCCCUCUAACCUCUCUGUCCCUGCAGAGCCUGUGGGCAGCCCACACCUGGAGAGAUACGUGCUGCAGCAGGAGCAGGGAUGGUGCAGCUUCCAGCUGUCCUGCGCUGUGCCUGGGGCCACUGCCGUGUCCUACAGCUGGUCCCGUGACAGUGAGCCACUGGGCAACCAGAGCGUGCUGGAAGUGCCCAAGGAUGUGCAGCCUGGGCUCUAUGUCUGCAAUGUGAGCAACCCGGCCAGCUGGAGCACAGCUAGCAUAGACAUGGCCGCAGCCUGCACCCAGACAGGUGAUCUGUCCUCUGCUCUACCAAAGCCAGGGCUGUUUGGUGCCUUCCCGUUCUGUGCAGUGACCGUGUUGCUGCUGCUGGCUGUCUGCAUUGCUAGCUGCAUCGCCUACUGGUUCUCGAUUUGGUGGAAGGAUGGCUCUGACUGUUCAUCACCACUUGGAGCAGGGAUUUGUCUGCGCAGAGCAGGAGAUGGAUCAGCACCGGGAUGUUGGUGGUGGUGGUGGCAUUUUGGCCAAACCUCAGACAUUUUGGCCACUACUACAGUAUUUUAUCCCCAUCCUCUGCAUAUUGGCCAAACCCAUAGCAACUGCUCUCCCCAAGCCCCAAAUUCUCCUCUUCCUGCCACUCGGGAAGCUGAUGUUGCACCAUUUGCUGGUGAAGAAAUGGAGGCACCGAACAGUGAAGCAGCAGGAAACGGAGGAUACCUCGCUGAGCUCUUCAUCCCUGUGCCUCUGCCUGGUUACGAAAUUCUCUUUCCAUCAGCCAAGCAGUCCAGAAAUCAUUGGCAGGGAGUGAGAAUGAGUACACGAGCUGCGUCUCCUCAGGAACCAUAGACUGAUAGAAGCAGUUGAGUAGGAAGGGACGACUAAAGGUCAUCUACACCAACUCCCCUCUUGAAGCCUUACACACUUUAGGGUCAUAUUAACUGAGAAAUGCUUGUAUUCUGGGGUUGAAAGGAAGGGAAUGGCUUUUUUUCCACAGGCAAAGAGAAACUCAGGCCUGACCCCCACUUGUUCUCCAUGCCCAUUCAUUCAGAGCACACUAAAGCCCCACAAGAGCAGCACACUGUCAUAGAUACGUGUCUUUCUCUUAAAAACAAACCUCAUCUUUUCUUACAACAAGUCCUUCAUAAUGACCCGAGUGAAGUAACACCCAUAACACCCAUAGCAGGGAGAAUUUCUGCCCUUUGAAACAGCGUCCUAUGCAUUCAACACCACUUGAUGGCAGUUAUUCUCCCCCAGCACUGCUGGGCAGCUGCACUGCAUGGUGCUGAGUGUGAAGUGCAGCAAAACACGGGAAAGUGCAUGAGACAAAA